AUGGAGAAUGGAGAUAUCACUAGGGAUAUGGAGACUGAGGAUAUCACUAGAGACAUAGAGAAUGGGGAUAUCAAUAGGGAUAUAGAGAAUGGGGAUAUCACUAGGGAUAUAGAGAAUGGGGGUAUCACUAGGGAUAUAGAGAGUGGGGAUAUCACUAGGGAUAUAGAGAAUGGGGAUAUCACUAGGAAUAUAGAGAAUGGGGAUAUCACUAGGGAUAUAGAGAAUGGGGAUAUCACUAGAGACAUAGAGAAUGUGGAUAUCACUAGAGACAUAGAGAAUGUGGAUAUCACUAGGGAUAUAGAGAAUGGGGAUAUCACUAGAGACAUAGAGAAUGUGGAUAUCACUAGAGACAUAGAGAAUGAGGAAAUCACUAGGGAUAUAGAGAAUGGGGAUAUCACUAGGGAUAUAGAGAAUGGGGAUAUCACUAGGGAUAUAGAGAAUGUGGAUAUCACUAGAGACAUAGAGAAUGGGGAUAUCACUAGAGACAUAGAGAAUGUGGAUAUCACUAGAGACACUGAGAAUGAGGAUAUCACUAGAGAUAUAGAGAAUGGGGAUAUCACUAGAGAAAUAGAGAAUGUGGAUAUCACUAGGGAUAUUGAGAAUGUGGAUAUCACUAGGGAUAUAGAGAAUGGGGAUAUCACUAGGGUUAAAGAGAGUGGGGAUAUCACUAGAGAUAUAGAGAAUGGGGAUAUCACUAGGGAUAUAGAGAAUGAGGAUAUCACUAGGGAUAUAGAGAAUGUGGAUAUCACUAGGGUUAUAGAGAAUGGGGAUAUCACUAGGGAUAUAGAGAAUGUGGAUAUCACUAGGGAUAUAGAGAAUGGGGAUAUCGCUAGGGAUAUAGAGAAUGGGGAUAUCACUAGGGAUACAGAGAAUGGGGAUAUAACUAGGGAUAUAGAGAAUGUGGAUAUCACUAGGGAAAUAGAGAAUGUGGAUAUCACUAGGGAUAUAGAGAAUGGGGAUAUCACUAGAGAUAUAGAGAAUGGGGAUAUCACUAGGGAUAUAGAGAAUGUGGAUAUCACUAGGGAUAUAGAGAAUGGGGAUAUCGCUAGGGAUAUAGAGAAUGGGGAUAUCACUAGGGAUACAGAGAAUGGGGAUAUAACUAGGGAUAUAGAGAAUGUGGAUAUCACUAGGGAAAUAGAGAAUGUGGAUAUCACUAGGGAUAUAGAGAAUGGGGAUAUCACUAGAGAUAUAGAGAAUGGGGAUAUCACUAGGGAUAUAGAGAAUGAGGAUAUCACUAGAGAAAUAGAGAAUGUGGAUAUCACUAGGGAUAUAGAGAAUGUGGCUAUCACUAGGGAUAUAGAGAAUGGGGAUAUCACUAGAGACAUAGAGAAUGGGGAUAUCACUAGAGACAUAGAGAAUUGGGAUAUCACUAGGGAUAUAGAGAAUGUGGAUAUCACUAGGGAAAUAGAGAAUGUGGAUAUCACUAGGGAUAUAGAGAAUGGGGAUAUCACUAGAGAUAUAGAGAAUGGGGAUAUCACUAGGGAUAUAGAGAAUGAGGAUAUCACUAGAGAAAUAGAGAAUGUGGAUAUCACUAGGGAUAUAGAGAAUGGGGAUAUCACUAGAGAUAUAGAGAAUGGGGAUAUCACUAGGGAUAUAGAGAAUGAGGAUAUCACUAGAGAAAUAGAGAAUGUGGAUAUCACUAGGGAUAUAGAGAAUGUGGAUAUCACUAGGGAUAUAGAGAAUGGGGAUAUCACUAGAGACAUAGAGAAUGGGGAUAUCACUAGAGACAUAGAGAAUUGGGAUAUCACUAGGGAUAUAGAGAAUGUGGAUAUCACUAGGGAAAUAGAGAAUGUGGAUAUCACUAGGGAUAUAGAGAAUGGGGAUAUCACUAGAGAUAUAGAGAAUGGGGAUAUCACUAGGGAUAUAGAGAAUGAGGAUAUCACUAGAGAAAUAGAGAAUGUGGAUAUCACUAGGGAUAUAGAGAAUGGGGAUAUCACUAGAGACAUAGAGAAUGAGGAUAUCACUAGAGACAUAGAGAAUGGGGAUAUCAGUAGAGACCUAGAGAAUUGGGAUAUCACUAGGGAUAUAGAGAAUGGGGAUAUCACUAGAGAUAUGGAGAAUGGGGAUAUCACUAGAGAUAUAGAGAAUGGGGAUAUCACUAGUGAUAUAGAGAAUGGAGAUAUCACUAGAGACAUAGAGAAUGGGGAUAUCACUAGAGACAUAGAGAAUUGGGAUAUCACUAGUGAUAUAGAGAAUGGGGAAAUCACUAGGAAUAUAGAGGAUGUGGAUAUCACUAGGGAUAUAGAGAAUGGGUAUAUCACCAUGUUUGCUGAGAAUGAGGAUAUCACCAUGGAUACAGAGAAUGGGGAUAUCACUAGGGAUACAGAGAAUGGGGAUAUCACUAGAGAUAUAGAGAAUGGGGAUAUCACUAGGGAUAUAGAGAAUGGGGAUAUUACUAGGGAUAUAGAGAAUGGGGAUAUCACUAAGGAUAUAGAGAAUGGGAAUAUCACUAGGGAUAGAGAGAAUGGGGAUAUCACUAGAGAUAUAGAGAAUGUGGAUAUCACUAGAGACAUAGAGAAUUGGGAUAUCACUAGUGAUAUAGAGAAUGGGGAAAUCACUAGGGAUAUAGAGAAUGGGGAUAUCACUAGGGAUAUAGAGAAUAGGUAUAUCACCAUGUUUGCUGAGAAUGAGGAUAUCACCAUGGAUACAGAGAAUGGGGAUAUCACUAGGGAUACAGAGAAUGGGGAUAUCACUAGAGAUAUAGAGAAUGGGGAUAUCACUAGGGAUAUAGAGAAUGGGGAUAUUACUAGGGAUAUAGAGAAUGGGGAUAUCACUAGAGAUAUAGAGAAUGGGAAUAUCACUAGUGAUAGAGAGAAUGGGGAUAUCACUAGGGAUAAAUAG